AUGCCGAAACUUGACAACUCUCGCGACUAUUACGCGGACCUCAACCUGCCUGUGACAGCAGAUGUCAAUGACAUCAAGAAGCAAUUCAGGAAGCUAGACGAAGCGCUCCUCUACCACCCUGACCGAAACCCCGGCAGAGAAGCUGAAGUCAACUCCAAGUUUCAGGUCAUCCAGUCCGCACAUGAGAUUCUGACCGAUCCCGAGCAAAAAGCCAAGUACGAUGCCAGCCGGGGUCGCUCGCGUUAUCCCACCGCUUCAGGUGUCAGAGGCAAUCCCUGGCAAGAUGCCGGGGCCAACUUUCCCCCACCACCUCGGCGAAAUCAACCAACUCGUAAUGCUACCCAAUCGGGGGCGAACAAGUACCGCAACUUUACCUCGGGUGCCGCGCCGACUGCGAAGGCUCAACCCCGCGAAGACCCUAUGGAAUCCAGGCGCAAUGCGUGGCAGGCGUUUGAACAGAUGAGGCCUUCGUCUCAAGGCAAGUCCGCCGCCUCUCAGGCGAAACCGAGACCUGUGCCCGAGCAGCCCGUCCCACCCCCUCGACCCGCACAGAGACCUGAGAGACCUGUGCCAAGGACGCCUGCACAGAAGCAGAGAGCCGAAGCCGCUUUCGGGGCCAAGAAGUCGUCGGGCUAUGCCCCUCACUCUCCUGUUCCUGGAGAUGAGCCGUCUGUGAGUUCCAGCGCAUACGCGACCAACCGACACACAUACGAUGCAUCAGCGUCGGCCGCCCAGCAGCAACGCGACUCGAUUCCGGACCCUCUUGCACCGUUUCGCGACAAGUUUGGUGAUUCUCGGCAAAGAACUCCCUACAGCAGUGGGGGCGGCGAGAAGACCAAUCCCUUUGAUGGCAUUUCGGUAGGCCGUACCAAGAGCACAAGAGAAAGCACACGACACUCUGAGUACCAAGAUGCCGGGCUGUCCCCAGGUGGAGUUCGUCCUCGAAGCUCAAGCCCGCCUCGGACAGCUCACACGGAAGACCCUUCCGGAGCCCAACAGAGUCAUACCGCCAACACUGCUUCCGACACUCAUAAGCGGUCGUUUGCCUCAAGAGCAAGCGCCAAGUAUACCCCGUCAGGACGAGCCCACGAUGCUGGAGAGCCUGGAGGAAGCAGACCGACAACAGCAGCUGCAAAUGAAGGUACGCUCGUCAUGUCCUGGCUCACUCAGAAUGCAGAAACUGACCACCUCUUAGCUCAACCCAACGCUAGCACACCCUCGAACAAGGCAAAUGGCCCUUCCAUGUACGGCGCAUCCUACCAUUCUGAGAAUUCUUCUUUUCUUGCGUCGAUCAAUCACAGCACCCACCAUCCCUCCAAGUCAAUAUCACCCGUGUAUGGCCGACGGCCAGGCUUCAAAUCCCAGGCCACCAUGGCAACCGCGCAAACACGCAGAGAUCCUGCAACACCUUCUCCAAGUGGGGAUGGCUCCUCCACCACUCCAGAGUCUCUUACCCCUUUUGAGCGCAAACAGCGCGAACUACUCGAGAGGCUGAUUCACGGUGCAAACACGCCCAGCAAAAGACAGCGGUCCGAGAUGAAUGAACCCAGAGAUCAUGCUGACAAAUUUUGUACCAAUAGCUUCAAUUUUGUGGUUGAUGACGACACGUUUACACGGACUACUCCUGAGCAGAAGAGGUUUGCCCGGAGCAGUGCUGAUGAUAUCAACACCAGUUUUGUCGAUGAGCAAGGGGCCGAUACUUGGCAGUUUAGCGCCGGCAGCCCCCAUACUCCGCAGCAGGAGGAUCCGUUCGCCAAGCGCCGCACCCAAUCCGCAAGCCGUACGGGACGGAACUCGCCGCUCAAGCGCCCGCCGCCUCGUCCCGCGAAGGAGCCGCUCCCGGCCGAGAAUGAGAAGACGGCAGAGGAAGUCAGGUUCGACGCAGAGGGCUGGAGUCAGAAGAUUGGCCCGCAGAAUUUUGCACACCAGCCAACUCAGACCAAAGCAUCUUCUCCAACACGACCAUCACGCUCCAACUCGCGGAAGCCAAAGUCGGUCCAUCCAACCGUCGGAACGGCCGGCUUGGUCAAUGAAGAAAGCAGCAGCAAUGAAGACACAGAUGGUGGUGCCCGCCAGCCGGAACCUGAACCGGCUACAACAGGCAGUCCAAUGCCCAUGGACAUAGAUCCCGAGACGCCGCCUCCCAACCCCAGAAGCGCGCCCCCUUCGAGACGGGAUAGCGCCCGCAACAUCCCCGUCGAGCCUUCACGACCUGAGUGGCGACCUGGAAAUGUUCAACCCGUACCCGAGACGUCACAGCCGAAUGGUGUCAAGAGGGCCCCUUUCAACCCUAAUACGGCGGGAUCCGAGGAUAGUGAGGACUUCCGCGCCAGCUUUGCCGAUUUGAAGAACGUUGCUCCGUUUGCAACAAAGCCGACUGGGCUCAACUCAUUCGGCGACUUGAAGUCACAAUUGCCGUUCGAGAGUCGGGCGUCGGAGCGGAUACCCAUUGAGAAAGAAAAGAAGCAGGAUCCCGAACUCAACUUUCCGCCUGUUCCACGCGCUCCUACUCCGCCGGCUGCCCUGGCCGUGUCCGGUCUCAGGCCCUCUCUCACGACGUGGCAAAAGUAUCUCGUUGAGUUCCAGAACUACCUUCAACAGUGGGAUGCUUUCAACGCCCAGAUCACCUACCACUUUGAAGUUCGCAAGGCACAGAUUCUGGAAGAACGCGGAACUGCAGGCUAUGCCUUCCUCACGACACAGGGUGACGAGGGUGUCGAGCAAUACCUCAGCUGGGUUCGCCAGGACAAAGAGGUUCGCCGCAAGUGGAGCCUCGCUUGCGACGAGCACGAGAUGCGCAUGCUCGAUUUCUUGAAAUACAAGAAGCUGAUGCGGUAA